CUUAACAACAACAAAACUGACGUUAUCGCGUCCGAUCGCGCAAAUUCAGUCCGAGCCAUUAAAUUGUUGUCUUUGUUAACAUCUGCAGUAACCUCGCAUUAUUCAAAUUAGGUUUAUAAAGGCUGGGAAUGAACUGCUUCCGAUUACAAAACUGCGUUCGCCUCUUCACGGUGUGUUAAGCUUAGCGAAGUAAAGAUCAUUUCACAGGAACAACGACAUCACAUCUAUACUCUUGUUUUACAACUAGCGUGUGAGUUGCCGAGUUGUGGAUGAGAAAUCAUGGAGUACGGUGAUUCCUCUGUGUUUUUUCCAUUCACCUUUACCCAACAAGACAUCGACAAUGUUCUGUACGGUUACAUCCGGACUCCAGAGAAAACAUCUAAUGGGUUUGCGCUGUCUGGAAUUUAUGUCGACACUUCAGCUAAUGAAAUGCAUUGGAAUCCGUGGCUGGCUAACGUGUCCCAAGUACAUCAAGAGCCCUCCACAGGCCAUCCAAACCCAUAUAUGGAAAUGUUUCAUGAAGAAUUGUGUAUGCAAAAUUUACCAGAAAAUGUAAAGAUUGUCGAAACCCAUUUACCAACUGGACGACACCGGGGCGUGUUUGCCGGUCAGCGGAGGAUAGCAAAAGGAACUCGGUUUGGGCCGUACACGGGAAAUAUCGUUUUACCACUGGAAAUGAGGUCACUUGAAAAGAACAGCGUAUGGGAGAUAUUUCAAGACGGUGAACUCACUCACUUUGUAGACGGUGCAGGCGACCAGAGAAACUGGAUGAAAUAUGUCAAUUGCGCAAGACACGAAGGAGAACAGAACCUGGUACUAAUUCAAGAAGAAGGUGAACUGUUUUAUGAAGUUUGUAUGGAUAUCGCCGAAGGAAGCGAGCUGCUUGUGUGGUAUGGAGACACCUAUCUCAAGUACAUGGGUAUUCCAAUCACAAUGAAGACAAAACUGACCAAGAUAGAAAACGAUGGUGGACUCGGAGGGGACAGCUUCGCUUGUGACCGGUGUGGUAAGGUGUUCGCCUACAAAUAUUACCGAGACAAGCAUCUGAAGUACACCCGAUGUGUUGACCAAGGAGACCGGAAAUACCCUUGUCACCUGUGCAACCGCUCGUUCGAGAAACGGGACCGUCUUCGCAUACAUAUCUUGCACGUUCAUGAGAAACACAGACCUCAUCAGUGUAGUCAAUGUGGCAAGCGGUUUUCGCAGUCCUCGAGUUUAAACAAGCACCUAAGGGUGCAUAGUGGUGAGAGACCAUACAAAUGUCCUUACUGCAUCAAGGCUUUCACUGCAUCAUCUAUACUACGUACUCACAUCCGACAGCACAGCGGUGAGAAACCAUUUAAAUGCCGUCAUUGUGGCAAAGCGUUCGCUUCACACGCUGCACAUGACAGCCACGUGCGUCGAACACACACCAAGGAGAAGCCAUGCGUUUGUGAGUUUUGUGGCAAAGCGUUUGCACAGUCAUACGAACUCAAAUUUCACAUGAACAUGCACACAGGCGAGAAGCCCUAUACUUGUGAAAAGUGCGGCCGAGGGUUUUCAAGCCCUUCAUCACGUGAUCGCCACCGAUCAAACUUCGACUGCACGACUCGAAAAAAUCGAGCGCCGAAGAUGAUGCGAAAGGGUUCCGAAUGUAACGAGGGUGACUUCAACACUAUAGAUGGUGAGGGCUUCACUGCCGAAGAGGAACAAGUUAAAUGAUUGCUGUAAUGUUUGACUUUUUCCUUCGAAAUGGUUUCUUGUAAAAAUCAAUGAUUUACACUUGCCCGAACACAGCUCACUUAAUAAUGGCUUGUGUUGGAAGAAAACAAAUUUUAAUUUGAUCACUCCCAACACGAACGAACGAACGAACGAACGAACGAACGAACGAACGAACGAAAAAAAAAGACAUGACAUUACAAUUCUUGUUGCCCGGCAGCUUCCGAAUCAGGCCUAAAAAAGCUAUUAGAACAAGAAUCGAAGUAUUUAGCUAGCAAAAAAUUAUAUAAUCCUUGAAAUGUCUAAGUGUAUCAUAUCCGGUGAUAUUCUACCUAAACGAGAUAUCUCUCAUUUUACGAGUCUCUUUUAUUUGAGUGCCAAUAGCGUAAAUCUGAUUCCUCAAAAUAGUACAGUGACGUUGUACUACUAAAAAUAAGCAGUUUCUUAAAACAGAUAAUUGUAACUUGAAAUAAAUAAACACGAGUGAGCAGCUUAAAAAGUGUAUUAAAGACGCCAUGAGGCAAAUCAAUGAAGUGUCCUAUUUAGUGAAAGGUGGUUUCUAAAGUAAAACAAAUGACGUGAUUGUGUGUGGUGUGCAAGGACUUAAGUCUAUAGGGCAGAAUAUGUUAGUUGAGACGACUAUAUAAGUUUGACAAAGGCUCUAUUUGUGCUGUUACGAACAAUCCAGAUUUAUGUUAAUAAAUCAAGCAGCUUCUCCUCUAACUGCGUAACAUGAAAAUAAGUCGAAAUAUCAAAAACUACGCCUUGAUUCGAUUUAAAUAUAUAACAAUACUAAGAGGUAUAUAUA